AUGGCCACGACAGGCGUGGCGAUAACGCCUGCUCCCGCUAUUGCUCCUGCACCUAUUUUGGCUGCUCGACCCUCAAUGACGCCGUCGGUGGCCCCGUCGCCUGGACCUGGCACUCCCGGCUCCAUCACUACGAGAGAAUGGGUUGUUCCCCCUCGACCAAAGCCCGGCCGCAAGCCAGCGACCGAUACCCCUCCGACCAAGCGUAAGGCCCAAAACAGAGCUGCUCAGCGAGCCUUCCGUGAGCGCCGGGCUGCGCGAGUUCAAGAACUCGAGGAGCAGAUCAAGGAGAUCGAGGACGGCCACGACAUUCGGAUCGCUGCUUUCACCGAGCAGGUGAGCGAUCUCUCGCGCGAGGUCGAGCAAUGCCGGGAAGAGGUAGGCUGGUGGCGUGACCGAUGCCUCGCGCUAGAGAAAGAGGUCUCCAUCGAACGCAGUGCGAAGGAGGCUAUCGUCAAGGAAUUCCGAACUACCCUUUCGGGUUCAAGCAGCGCCAAGUCAUCUUCCAUUCCUGACUCCGUGCCUUUGCCACCUCGCAAUCGCCCAUCUACCCGAAGCACUCGCAUUGAGGGCGUUGAGUCUACCGGUGCCGAACGUGACCGUGAAGAAGGCGGGGAGAACGUGCCAUUGGGUUGCUCCAGCUGCUCCAACACACAUUGCCAGUGUAUUGAAGAUGCUUUUGCCAUGCCCAGUGAUACCUUCGAGUCUACUCGUCCCAGACACCCGCCUCAUGGGGUGGGCAGCCCGCAGCGAGAGCUUGCAGAGCCUCAAAUAAAGCCCGACCCGGAGGAGAUGGAGAUCGACUUCACUUCUCGUUUCGCCGGCGCGCCCGCCCAGUCCAGCUCCCACACGCACAUCAAUGAAGUUUCCUCGCCACCCGUCGACCCAUGCGGCUUCUGCCAGGACGGCACACCCUGCAUCUGUGCCGAGAUGGCCGCCCAGGAGCAGCAGCGUGGCCGCCGCAACUCUUUCGAGGCACCCCGCCUGGCUCCAAUACAAUCCAUCUCACAGUUCACACCUCCUCCUUCCGAAAGCGAUGUCCGCUCGGAAGUGACUCUUCCCCCUAUCAGCCAAGCGACCAAUCCCUGUGCCAACGGGCCGGGAACUUGUGCCCAAUGCCAGUCCGAUCCUCGCAGCACCCUUUUUUGCAAGACGCUGGCAGCCUCCCGGUCAGCGAGCGGAACUCCAGCGGGAGGAGGCUGCUGCGGUGGAAAGGGAACCGACGGGGGAUGCUGCAUGUCUCGAAAUGCCCCCGCCACCCCGGCCACGCGUAGCAACCCCUCCAUGCCUCCGCGGCCUGCCCCAUCCAAGCCCUCUGCGCCCUCUGAGCUCACCCUAAGCUGCGCCGAUGCUUUCACCACUCUUUCCCGCCACCCAAAUUUCUCCAAGGCCUCCGACGACAUCUCCUCCUGGCUACCGAAGCUGCACACCCUGCCGAACCCUCGUGAUUUGGCCCUAGCCGAGCACAGCGGUCGAGCAGCGAUGGAAGUCGAAGCCGCCAGUGUUAUGGGUGUGCUCCGCUAUUUCGACCGGCGCUUUGCGGAGAAAUAA